AUGGCAGAAGCCGUGUUGCGCAUUGGGGAUCAGCUCAUCCUGGAGGAAAAUUAUGAUGAGACCUACAUUCCGAGUGAGCAAGAAGUCCUAAAUUUUGCACGGGAGAUUGGGAUCGACCCUGAGAAGGAGCCAGAGCUGAUAUGGCUGGCAAGGGAAGGCAUCAUGGCCCCAUUACCACCUGACUGGAAGCCCUGCCAGGACACCAAUGGUGACCUCUAUUACUUCAACUUUACCAACGGGAAGUCCAUGUGGGACCACCCCUGCGAUGACCACUACCGAGAGCUCGUCCUGCGGGAGCGAGAGAGGCUGCUGGCACAGGGCCCCCGCGGGAGGAAGGAGAAGAAGAAGAAAGACAAGAAGGAGAAGAAGGCAAAGAAGGAGAAGAAGGAGAAGCAGUCCCUGAAGCGAUCCACACCCUUAGGCACCCUGCUGGCACCCCUGGGCCCCCUGGCUCCCCUGCGAGGUGCUGUGGCAGCUGCGGGCACCGUCCUGCGUGGGGCAGUGGACUCAGACGUGGGCAGCUCGCUGGACUCCAGCCCUGUGGGCAUGGGAGGAAGUCAGCCUGCAGAGCCCUGCAAGCCCACCCUCCAGAGCAAGAAGUUGCUGGGCUUGGCCUGUGAAGAGAUGAGCUCCUGGAACACAGCAGCUCUGGAGAAAGGGAGGAAUGAAGAGGAGGAAAGUGAGGAGGUAAGUCUCCGUGGGACAUCCAGGUGGCUGAAAAACCUGCACAUGGAUGUCAGUGCCCUGGGGGGCAGCUUCGAGUCAGAGGAGAACAGCAAAGCAGAGGAAGAAAACCACAGCAGCCCUGUGGCUGCUGGUGCUGAAGCUGAUCUCCAGCAGCAGGGGAGCCCUGAGGAGGAAGCUGGCAGCCUGGGAGAGAAGGAGUCUUUAAACUCAAGACAGCCUGGAGAAGGGAGAGAGACUCCCCUGGAUUCCGCUGCCGCCUGCCCUCCCACGCCAGUCCAGGCCCUCCCUGGGGAUCCUGACAGCAGCCUGUCUGGCCAGCUCGAGGAGGAAUCCCAUGGGAAGCAGGCUGGGAACGAAGCACUGGAUGAAGAAGAGGCAGAGGUGGAGGUGGAAGGUGACACCUCUGCAGCUGCUGAGCCACCCCAGCCCGUGGCAGGGCCGGAGGUGCCCAGUGGGCAGGGGCUGGCGGCUGCCAGAGCCUCUGAGCUGGACCAGCUGGGCAGCCUGGCUGGCAGUGUGGACACUGAGCCUGGGGGUGAAGAGGGAGAGAAAGAAGUGAGGGCAGAAGCAGCAGCAGCAGCUGAUCUGCAGCCAGGCAGCAGGCUGGACGCUGGCCAACUCUCCAAGGCAUCUGAGACCAGCGAUGGGGGGGAGGAGCUGCAAGCCUCCAGAGGCCAGGACCCGGAGCUGCUGCGGCCUGUGGCCCAGGAGCUGGGAGAAGAGGGAGAAGAGGAAAGAGAGCAAAGCAGAGCCAGUGUAGAGGAAGAGCAGAGCAAAAGAACAUCAGCUGAGAGGCAACCUGGGGAGGAAGCCAAACAGGAGCAGUCCUUGACCCAGCCUAGUGAGGAGUCCCUGGAGGGUGUAGCCAAGGAGCUGGAGCAAGAGAGAAUGCAUUGGCUGCAAGCAAAGGAGGAGAGAAUUCAGCAGUUCCAGCAGGAGAUGAGGCAGCAGGAGGAGGAGGAAGCUGAGAAGCUUCAUCAGCAAAAAGAAGAAUCCCUCAGGAUUCUAAAGGAAGAUCUGGCAAAGGUUUCUGAGGAGGAAGAGCUGUGUGCCAGGAGGGAGGAAAGCAAGAGGCUCUCGGAGCUGAGAGCCAAACUCACUGCAGAGACCAAGGCGGAGGAGGAGAAGAUGAGGGCAGAGCAGGAGGCCAUGCUGCAGAGACUGAGGGAGCAGUGGGAAUCCCAGCAGGUGGUGGAGAGGGAGAGUCUGGAGAGGAAGCAGCAGCUUGCAUUGGAGAAAAUGAAGCUGGAAUUGGAGAAAGCUCAGCAGAAAGAGAUGACUGAGCUGGAACAAGAGAAGGAACAAUUCCUGAGUGAGCUGAAGGAGAGAUUAGACAGGGAAAAGAAGGAGGCUGCAGAAGAGCUGGAGAAACAGUUUGCAGCUGAACUGCAGCAGCUGAGGUCUGCAGCAGAAGAGAAGCAUCAUAAGGCCACCUCCAGCCUGCAGAGCCAGCUAGCAGAGGCACAGAGCAGUGAGGAGGCUCAGCUGCAUGGAGCCCAGCAGAGAGCAGAGCAGCAGGGGCAGAGAAAGGCCUUCCAGCUCUCAGAGUACCAAAGAGAGCUCAGUGAGCUCCUGAGGGAGAAACGCCAGCAGGUGGAGAAGGAGCACGAGAGGAGAAUGGAGAGGAUGAGAGGGGAGCACCAGGCAGCCCUGGCUCGGGCUCAGGAGCAGUUUGAGGAGGAGGAGCGGAGGCAGCGAGCGGAGCUGCUGGAGAGCCUGAGGGGAGAGGUGGCUUGGAUCCGGCAGCUCCAGCAGGCAGAGGUGAAAGCUCUGCAGGCAGAGCUGGAACAGAGGCUCACAGCUCUGCACCUCCAGCACCAGGAGAAGGAAAGGAAGCUGCAGGAUUCAGAAGCUGAGCUUGAAGUGCGCAGGAAGAACGUCCAGGCCAGAGCAGCUCAGCUGCUGAGCCAGGAGGAGAGUCUGAGAAAGAAGAAGCAGCAGCUGCUGGAGGAGGACAGAAGGGCUGAGCUGGAGAGAGAGGAUGCUGCUUUAGCCUCUCAGCAGCGCCUGGAGGAGGGCAGGAAGGAGCACUGCAGCCUCCUGGAGUCCAUCCGGCAGCUGCGCAGCUCUCUGGAGGAGCUCCAGGACCAGAAGGCUGAGCUGGAGGCUCAUGUGGAACUGCUGCAGGCACGAAGCCAGAGGCUGCAGAAAUACCUCAGUGAGCUGGAGGCAGCUGUCAGGAGCAGACAGGAGGCUCUGAAGGAACUGGAGGCCAAAGAAGGUGUGGAACCUCCCAGGAGGAAAGCUGAGCUCCGUGUUGAAGACCUGCAAGAAGCUGUUCAGGCUCACUCAUCCAGAGAGGUCCUCUCCCCUCCCUGCCCCAGCCACGAGGACAGCGACUCCCAGUCUGCACACAUCAGGAGCCUCAUCAGUGCUGAAGGCAUCUCCCUGGGGAGGGCCAAGGAGUUCCUGCGGCGCCAGGCGCGCUCCAUGCGCAGGCGGCACACAGCCCUGAGAGCUGCCAAGCAGCAGUGGCACCAGGACCUGCAGAAGGCCCAGGAGGUGGUGCAGGACCCUGACACCUCCCAGCUCCUGGAGGGCAUCCACAGGAACCUGGAGGAGGAGGCAAAGCAGUUGGACAAGAUGAGGUCGGCUGUGCGCAAGGGCCAGGUGCUGCUGAAGAGGAAGGAGGAGAAGCUGAGCCAGCUGGAGUCCUCCCUGCUGGAGGAGCUUUCAGAUGAGGACACCCUGAGGAGUGCUGUGUGCAGGAAGGUGGUGACCUUUGAUCUCAGCAACUCUGAGGACAGCAGCAGCUCCUCCAGCAUCAACCUACCUCAGCCAAGCUUGGAUCUCAGAGGUGGUUUGUGCCCUGCCCCACAGCUGGAGAAGGUGCAGAGCCUGAGGGGCUCCCUGCAGCGCAUCAGCAGUGAGCUGAGUGGAGUCCUGGGCCUCCUGGACUCCCUGAGCCACCCCCACUCGCCCCUCAGCACCUCCACACCCUGCUCUGCUGGCCCUCUUCCCACCUAUGCCUCCCUGGCAGGACUUCAGACACCUGCUGGGGUGUCUCUGGUGGAUCCGUGGGCCUGGGGCCCUGGGCUGAGCUCUGCUCUGCCUCUGGCAUCUGGGCAGCCUCUGGACAGCAUCCCAGCAGAGAGAUGGCACAAGGGCUGCCCAGGUGUGUCCCCAGCCCUCAGUGGAAAUCCCAAGACUCUGGACCCCAAGCUGGGCUACAUCCCUGCAGGGGAGCAGCUCCGCCAGCUCCGGCAGGCCCAGGAGCCAGACAGGAUCAGCAUCCCAGUUAUGAUUGAGACCAACAAGAAGUGGCUGGAAGACUUCCAGAGGGAUUCCAAAGUACCUCCCUUCCCAGGAGCACAGAAGCCCCCUGCCAGCACCCCCAGCCUGCUUCAGCUAGGACUGGAUGAAAACAGACAAAUUAAAGUGUUCCAUUACUGA